ACUGCGUUACCCACUCCAGUCAGCAGAUGGCGGUCUGGGAAUUUAUGGUUAUGCUGUUGGUGUGACGUAUAAUCUAGUGGACGGAACGCUUCUUUCAUCAGCAGCAACAGUGAGUCAGACACCUCUGUAGCUUGCUAGACAAAUUAGCCGAAACAAUAAAGCUCUUUAGACGCUUUCGUGUAUAUUAGCCACUGUGUUUUAAACCCAUUGCUGUCGUCUAGUUAGUUAUCCGAUUUAAUUUCAUAUUUACGGUGUAGUUAUUAUUAUUCAGCUAGCGGGGUGGUUAAGUUAGCAUUAGCCUUAGCUAACAUCCCCGACCAUGCGGUCACCAAGCUACUCUCCUAAUGAAGAGAAGGAUAUCACAGUAAAACAAGAAGUAGAGAGUGGGGCCUUUACUGUGAAAGAAGAGGAGGACGCGUUCAGAGUGAAAGACGAGGAAGAUAUCACAGUAAAACAAGAAGUAGAGAGUGGGGCCUUUACUGUGAAAGAAGAGGAGGACGCGUUCAGAGUGAAAGAGGAGGAUGGUGUUACAGUGAAAGGAGAGCAUGUAGUUUAUGGCGUGAAAGAGGAGGGGGAGGAGAUGACUGUAACAUCGAAAGAGGAGGAACGUGGAUAUCUGGUUCCGGUUUCCCAAACGCAUCUUAAGGCGUCCAAUGGUUCUAACGAUGAACUCAACCGUAAGAUGGUUUUGAGAAACCGUUCCCUGAUUAACACUAGAGAGAGACGUGACUAUCGUGGAUCCUCUGGGGAGCCGCAACAACCUCAUGAUGCUGAGGAGACAGAGAAGAGUCUCUCCAGAUCAGAACACCUCAAUAAACACCCGCAGAGACCCACAAGGAAGAGAACUCACUGCUGCUCUGACUGUGGGAAGAUAUUCACAUCAUCAGGCAUUAAAAUUCAUCAGAGAACACACACAGGAGAGAAAUCUUAUAGCUGUGGUCAAUGUUGGAGGAGUUUUACAACAUUAAUCUCUCUGAAAGUACACCAGAGAACACACACAAGAGAGAAACGUUAUAGCUGUGAUCAUUGUGGGAAGAGUUUUGUUUAUGCUUGCCAUCUGACUCAACACCAGAGAACACACACAGGAGAGAAACCUUAUAGCUGUGAUCAAUGUGGGAAGAGAUUUGCUACAUCUGGCCACCUGACUCUACACCAGAGAACACACACAGGAGAGAAACCUUAUAGCUGUGGUCAAUGUGGGAGGAGAUUUGCUACAUCUGGCCACCUGACUCUACACCAGAGAACACACACUGGAGAGAAACCUUAUAGCUGUGGUCAAUGUGGGAGGAGUUUUUGUCGAUCUGGAGAUCUGACAGUGCACAAGAGAAUACACACAGGAGAGAAACCUUAUAGCUGUGAUCAAUGUGGGAAGAGUUUUACUUCAUCUGGCAAUCUGACUCGACACCAGAGAACACACACAGGAGAGAACUCUUAUAGCUAUGGUCAAUGUUGUAGGAGUUUUACAACAUUAAUCUCUCUGAAAGUACACCAGAGAACACACCCAGGAGAGAAACCUUAUAGCUGUGAUCAAUGUGGGAAGAGUUUUGUUUAUGCUUGCCAUCUGACUAUACACCAGAGAACACACACAGGAGAGAAAUCUUAUAGCUGUGAUCAAUGUGGGAAGAGUUUUGUUUCAUCUAGCCAUCUGAAUAUACACCAGAGAACACACACAGGAGAGAAAUCUUAUAGCUGUGGUCAAUGUGGGAGGAGUUUUAGUCGAUCUGGAGAUCUGACAGUGCACAAGAGAAUACACACAGGAGAGAAACCUUAUAGCUGUGAUCAAUGUGGGAAGAGAUUUGCUACAUCUGGCUACCUGACUCUACACCAGAGAACACACACAGGAGAGAAACCUUAUAGCUGUGGUCAAUGUGGGAGGAGUUUUAGUCGCUCUGGAGAUCUGACAGUGCACAAGAGAACACACACAGGAGAGAAAUCUUAUAGCUGUGAUCAAUGUGGGAAGAGUUUUACUUCAUCUGGCAAUCUGACUCGACACCAGAGAACACACACAGGAGAGAAAUCUUAUAGGAGUUUUACAACAUUAAUCUCUAUGAAAGUACACCAGAGAACACACACAGGAGAGAAAUCUUAUAGCUGUGAUCAAUGUGGGAAGAGUUUUAGUCGAUCUGGAGAUCUGACUCAACACCAGAGAACACACAGGAUUGAAAUCUCAUAGCUGUGACCAGAGAUAAUCUGAUAAAAGAUCUCUGAUCAAAAGAUUAGAAAAUACAUACAUGAAGUAGUUGUUUCAUGAUUUCAAU